AUGGCGUCGUCUCUGGUAGGAUCACUCGCAAAAUCGGUGUCGCGAAACUCUUCUUCGUGCCGUUGGUUCGCUGCCAAGCCUUCUUCUUCUUAUGGUCUUAAUAGGAUGACAGAAAAAGAAGAGAGUGUGGUGGCCUCUGACGAAAUACCACAAGAAGACGACGACGCCACUCCCACAUCUGGACUAAGCAGACCACUCUCAGAAAUACUCAAAGAACUCAACAAGAGAGUUCCCGAUUCCCUCGUCAGAGUUCGCACUGAAGCUGAUGGCUUCCCGGUCAAAUAUAUUCCCUGGUAUGUGAAUAUCUACAUAAUUCUUUGUUACCUAAUUCAGGAUUUGUGCCACUACUAG